AUGGGGUGGGAGGGGAACUCUCUUCAGAAAAGUCGCCGGCUGCCGGGCGGCCCAAGCCCCGCGGCGCAGCUAGCGCCCGGCGAUCCCCUCCAGAGGGCUCCGCACCCGCCCCGCACACCCUCCGGAGCUGCGCUGCCCGCCGUGGGGGAGGCAGGGGCCCCGGGGGAGGGCCGCCCGCGCCCCCGCACCGCCGCGCGCCCCCGCAGGCUCGCCCCGGCGAGGCGCGGCCCCGACAGGUGCCCGACUAGUAGACGGGUCCGGCCCCCGGCUCCGUGCCCCUCAGCCCGCAGGUCGGGGUGGGAUGGGCCGGGCCGCCCUAGAAGGGGCCGAGCCCCGCCGGGCGCCCCGGCCCUCAGCCACAGCCUAACGGUUUCCGCGGCGCCAGCUCCGGGGCGGGACGGGGCUGGGACGGCUCAGUGUCGCCCGCCUUUCGCGGAGGGAGUGCCGCCCGCGCUCUCACCUCCGAGUCACGCCGCCGUUCUGAGGCAGAGGAAGGCGGCUCCCCUGGCGCCUCUUCGGGUUCCUGAUCGAUCGCGAUCUACCUCAGCGGCAGAGCCCGCUCUCGGGGCCGCCGGCGCGCCGACUGUUGGGGUUGUUUUCCCGGCAGUGACGGCGCUGCCUCAGCCUCGCUCUUCGCUGCCUCUCCGCGUAGCUCCCGCUUUCUGUUUCACCCGAGGGACCACGAACGCCGCCGCCGCCAUGCUUACUACGGAGCCGGGAGGAGGAGCCCAGGGUCGGCGCGCCGAGUGCGGCUGCGCGAGCCCUGCCGACGGCGCCCCGGGCCGGCGGGGACCCCGCGCCCCCGCCCCGCGCCCGCCGCGGGUCUCUCCCCGGGGUGCGAGUCCCCGCGGAGCCCCGGCGCGUGGCGUGCCAGCGCCCUCGCGCCGCUCCCGGAGCGCCCACCUAGCCCCGGACUCGCGGCUCCGUCUCCCUCUCUCCCGAGGCCCGGCUGCGCCUGGCUCCGAGCCACACUCAGGAAACGUGUAGUUCAUUGACGUUCCUAGGGCCGCUCGCUCAAUACUCAACCCACAUUCUAAAAAGGCUCCCUCUCGACACGCACCUUGUCCGCCCCUUUCCGAAAGCACCAGAAUUUAACGCCGGCAGGUGCUUGUGGAGACACUCCCCCAACCCCUCCAAGGACUGCGAAGCCAACGGAAGAGGGCUUGGAUGCUCCCAGUCGCAGACUUUCAGAGCCCGGGAUCUCGAUAGCAAGCACAAACAUUUAAAAGAUUGGCUUCCGUUGAGAACAUGUGGGGUCGUUUCUUGGUCUCUGCGGCAGCCACAUCGCGUGGAAACCCAUUACCUUAAUUUCCACAACAGCUUGAAGACUUACGAGGGACCGCGGCAGAGAUUUCCUUAAACCUCAAGCAAUUGGGGGCGCUGCGGCGGUGCCCACGGGCUGGUCUAGGCUGCCUGCUCCGGCGGUUUCCACCGGAAGACCUGGGGAGGGGGAGUCCUGGGGACGGGAGUCCCACCCCAGCAACCACCCGUUCGGUGAGGGUGACAGAGGUGCAAGUCUGGAAGAGGAAGAAGCAGUUGACCUGGAGGGAGGUACACCAAGUAAAGCAG